AGAUUUGCUCCGUGGUCUUGUCGUUGGGGCGUGGCUCCUCACGAUUGCCGAGACGACAAAUUGACCGUCGACACGGGGAGGUGGGAAUCGACCGCUCGAAGGAAAACAACAUCAUGAUGAGCGGACGACACACGACCUACCGAGACGACGGCGCGUUACCGCCCGACAAACUUCAUCGCGGAAGUACAAAUCAAAGCGCAGGUGGGCCUCCUGCUUCGUUUGAUCAACCGCAAAACCACCUGCAUCUUCCCCCGGGGGGCUGCUCUAGUACUAGUAGACCUUCUUGCGGCACUUCUAGUUCAUCUUCCCUGACCUCGUUUCUGUACUCUGCACCCAAGGACUUGUGGUUCGUGUUUGUUCUGAAGUACCUCGAAUCGUACUCCUACUUCGCUUAUUCUGUGCAAAAGUAUCGUACGAGUAUAAAUUGCGUUACAAAUUCACCUAGCAUGAUUACAAAUUAAAUUUGUAAUGCGGAUUUGCCUUUCAUAAAGUAAUGCAUAAACGCCCUGAUCAGUACGAGUACGAUACUUUUGCAAUGCAUAUCGCUCUCUCCUAUGUGCUCAUCCUGUUCCUCAGCGACGAGUUCCAGCUGUCCGACGAAACUGCCGGGGUGGUGUACGGGAUCCACGGCAUGUUGAUUUCCGUGUACGGGUUUCUGAUGGGAACCGUGAUCGACAUGAUCGGCGUGAAGUGGAGCGUCACCUUCGGCAUGAUGGUUCUUUUCCUCAGCCGGAUGGCGCUGGUGUUCGUGACCAACCUCCAUUUCCUCUUCUUCUUGCUGUUCGUCUCCAUGCCGAUCGGGUGCUCGCUUGGCGUCCCGGUCCUCCAGAUUGCCAUCAAGCGUUUGACAAAGGAGCAGGACCGGGUGCUGGCCUAUAGCUGUUUCUACGUGAUCAUGAACCUGGCCGCCAUAACGGCGGCGCCGGCCGUGGACGCGUUUCGCUCGCAGUGGCCCGAGCACCAGGGACUGAAGCUGAAUCUGCUGCCCUCCUACUUCACACGGCUGACGAGGAGUCUGCCGACAACCACAACCGGCGUUUUUCACAGUGCGUCCUCGAGCGGUUCGUCGUACGCGACUCCUGCGAGUAUCACCAUGGACCCCGCGCAAGUUGUAUCACCAUCUGUAGCUGCUAACCUCGACGGGGGUUUCACUCCAACAAUUAGCGCUUUCCGCCUGUUGAUUCUUUCCGGCGCGGUCGUGACGUUUUUCAGCAUGUUUGUCGCCUUGACGCUCCUACGCGACGUGGAAAUGCUCCCGGACGGAACGCUCAUCGAGCAGCAAGUAGAAGACCUUCACCACUCCGGUGGCAGCUACCAGGGUCAUGAAGAUAAAGUUCUCGAUCUGCAAAAAAAUCGGCAAAAUACCGCGAAAAGAUUUUCAGAUAUCAUUGGCCUAGCUGAAGGUGCAGCAUCAAGAACUCCGUUGGUUAAAAACGCUAGCAGAAGUAGAGCCGCUCCGCAACCGGGUAAGAAAGCAAAAUCGUCUCCACUGACAAAUGCAACUCCAGCACACGAGCUGCGUGCAACCGUGUCUGUAGAAGGCGCAGCGAGCACCCCACUCUGUCGGGAUGAGGAUCGCAGAAGGAAUGUGCCUUCCUCCGCAGCUAUUGAAGAGGAACUUGCGGGUUUGCUAACGCCAUGUUCUUCCUCUUCAAGUUCAUCUAGUUGUACUUCUCGUCCGACAGCAGCAUCUACUGAUAGACCGGCAUCCAGUUCUUGCACCAGUUCCUCGUCUGCCUCCUCGCACGCUUCCAGAAACCGGCUGUCCCCUAUGAUGCUUAGCUCUACUUCCGGUGCCAUCGAAAUGGAGGAGGCAGAUUUUCGGAGCCCAGUGUCGUCGCCGAGCUUCUACGCGGACAGUUUUAUGCAGAGCACGUCGAAAGACCUUUACUCCAUCGGCGGCACCAGCAACUCCACGCGAAAGAAGAACACUGUAAAUCCAAUACCACAUAUCUAGUACUUGUUAUCUAGAAGAUCAUUGGGUAGAAGUGCCUCUAGCAGAAGAGUAGAAAAGUAAAGCUCAGGAAAAAAUUAAAAUGCCACACAGAUUUUUCGCUUUUAUUUUAUUUUUUCCAAUUUUUCAUCCUUUUCCUGUUCCUCUUCCACCUGAAGCUGAACGUGAACCUGUUCACAGGUCUCAGUUUCUCCUGGUAGCUGCACCCCGGAUCAAAUAUCGCGGCAACGCCGUGGCACGGGAGUGCCAAUAGGUGGUGACGAUCAUCAUGGUGAUGCUGAGCAGAUCAGACAGAAUCUGAAAAUUCCAUCUUCACACGGCGAAGCGGGUCUUCACGUAGCCCUACGAAUUGACGGAAGUGGACCUUCCACGUUUGCCGCACGGCCUCUCGAGCUGAGAAAUAACGUGAUGCGCAACAAGAGCUACUACCCUUUUGUCAUCACUACAGGAGCAGCAGGGACGAGCACCAACAAAUGCGCCCCCACUUCUCCCACGUCGGUCGCGUCGCCCCUGUCGCUGUACCAGGACGUGUUUCGCAGCCCGGACUUUUGGCGGUUUUUCCUCCUCGUCUGCAUCCUUGUCGGGGUUCGAGUUAUUUUUCGGUACCUGGACGCUCUUUUUCCGAAGUACAUGCUCCGCGAGCUGGGCCCCGACGCGCUCUACGGGUCGGUGAUUGCGCUGGACCCCUUGCUGAUCCUGGUGCUGGUGCCGACGAUCUCCGUGUUGACCGCAAACCGGAUCACGAGUUUGAACAUGAUCGUGAUUGGCAGUUUUCUGUCCGCGCUCGCGCCGUUCUGGCUCGCCAUGGGGCACCAGUACUGGAACGCUAUCUUUUUCAUCUCCACGUUGGCCGUCGGCGAAGCGUGCUGGAGCCCGCGGCUGUACGAGUAUACGAUGCGGGUGGCGGCGCCGGGCAAAGAGGGAACCUACACCGCGCUCGCAAACAUGCCGACCUUCUGCGCCACCCUCCUCGCGGGCAGCUUCUCGGGCUACCUACUGGAGACCUUCUGUCCACCGCCGACUUCAUCUGCUCCGGUAGGUAUAAUGUCGUCCGGAGUUGAGCAGACUAGACCAGGACAAGUCGGACUAGUAAUCGGAAGCAGGGCUGCGACUGCGUCGGUCUCUGGAGCUUCGGAACACCUGGGCGUAAGUCCUGCAAAUACAGCACCUAGCGCUCCUGCGUCAAGUACAGCACUUGCAACACGACAGGACGCCCAUAAUAUACAACAUCUACUUCUUGCAGGACCGGCAGCGACAUCGGCCGGCGCGGCGUCCUCCCAUGGGGGCGAGAUUAUGUGGCUUUUGGUGGGGCUCUGCUCGACUAUCAGCCCCAUACUGCUGUACUUCUGCCGCGAAAUCAUUUGCCCCGGUAGCUCGCAGGGUCCACUGUUCGGCGGGCCGGACGACAGUAAGACGCCGGGCAUCGAAUGCCGGAGCGUCAAGGAAGGUCUGGAGGAGGAUGGGAGCAGGGGGCACUACAGUAAUUCUUGCCAAUAUAAUAAAAGUUUUUUUUUUUCACUUUUCUAUAUCUGGACGCCGAGCAGGUGCAUGAAAAGCAAAACCAGCAUCAGAUUCGAGCUCAAUUUUCAAAUGUUCCUACGAACCGCAAGUGCAUCUUCAUUUCAUAGUUACGUGGCUGUUAGAACAACAAAAAUACGAACUACUCGAGCUCUAUUUUCGAUAAUAUGUUGAAGGUCUUGGUGGGUCAUCAUCGGUCCUGUCGUUCGACAAAUUGCGUGACGGCACCAGAACUUCUCGUGCUGGCUCUGUUGCCAAUUCCUCGCGUGGAUUGUUCUCUGGAGGCUCAGCAAGCACGCGUGGAAGGCAGAUCGUGGAUAUGCAGGAGGUGCGGCGGGCCAGCGCAAGUGGUAAGGAAUUGGAUCUUGCACAUCGCUACAUCGAAAACAAGUUUGGAAAGACAGCACUCUCGGCAGGGGCAUGAACGGUGGUCACUAGUGUCGGGUUAUAGCAGGAACGACAGGAGAGGAGUACCGGACAUCAAGAUAUUGAUAGAUGCAGUCCUCUACCGCCGGGUGAAGAAUAUCUGUGGACAAGGACAUUGAUGCAUAAAUGUGGAGCUGGACGAUCAACAGGAAUAUUUUUGAGCCGCGGCAACAGUUUGAGUGUACUAGAAAAACCAGAAGGCGAACAAGAUGUGAUAUGAAUCAUAUGAAGUUGAAAAACAAAAACUCCACUGUUUUUCGAUGAUUUUGCAAACCGGAUAGAAAAGUCAAAGUGCGAUGAAAUUGUUCUCCUGAGAAUUUACAUGAUUCAGCACUUACAACGUUUUUUAUUUGGGUGCAGUUAGUAGUGAACCAGAACCUUCUCCGGAUUAUUACGAUUACUGUAUGUUCCUAGUCAGAAAUUUUGGUCUGCUGACGAAGCUGGAAACUACACUCACUCUGCCUCGCCCGCGCUGGGUCAAUAUUCUUGCGGAAAUUUUUGCUUUUCUCUCUCGUUGAAGGAACUACAACCUAGUGUAAUAAAAAAUCAAAGUUUUUUCCGAUGUUAGUUUUGGUAUAAUUGACCAUAAAUGCAGGAGAUGAAGAACAUACGGUUUCUCUACAACCUGGGGUAGGACAUCCCGCGAUCUAUUGUGCCCUGCGGUGCUGACUUUACCACGCUCAAGGAUCGCCACAGGAGAGUUGUGGUCUCAUGGUUGGAGCAAGUGUUCGCGUUCGUGCGUCCUACGUAAGUAGCAAUGCCUGCUUCUUGCCUGGAACUCCCUCUCUUGUUCUUAGCCAAAAAACCCCGUCAGAGUUGAAAGUGGACAAAGGCUGGGAGCCAGAAGCUGAGGAAACGAAAGACGAGCUGG